AUGUUCCGGCAGACCUCGCCUCCAGUUCCGGCUUUCAGCGAAACAGUUCGCGUGAAUCAUUUCGACGCCCAGUCCUGUUCGGAUAUCUUGGGCCUCUGUAUCCACUACCUCGACCCCGAUGAUGAGGUGCGAACUGCCGCGGAGCCCAGAAUCGUCCAUGGUCCUGAAACAUUCGAUCCUGCGUACCGGCAAACCACACUUGCACUUCGGAGAAAGGUUCAGCUUGGCUACCAGACUGGUGUGCUAGGGUUUAACCUGUUCUAUUACCUCAAAUGUGCGGUUGCGACAGGACACCCUACUGUCGAACGGACGGAAGUUGCGACUCUGCAGUCUGGGGCUGAGCUCGAGAAGAGCAAGCGACACCAAGUUUGA